AUUUUUGAAGAGAGAGAGAGAGAGAGAGAGAGAGAGAGAGACAAGUGCAGUUCCAAAUCAUGGAGGUUCCUCUGGCAUUGCAUGUGCUCCAAUCACCUCUCGGCCCACUUGAUAUUAUUCAUAUUCUACUACUACACUUAUCAACUUUUCUUCCUUGUUUGUUUAUAUAUCCUUCCACCGUCCUUUCACAAAUAAGUCACAAUCUCCCUUAAGCUUAAAGCAAGCAGCUUAAUGUGAAAAGAAAAGAAAAGAAAAGAAAAGAGACAAGCCUCCAACUCCAUUCAAUUCAGAGCAGAGCAGAUCACCACAAGACAAGAGAUUAGAGAUGACCAGUCCAGCACCUUGCAGCCGAUCCUGGUCCAUAAGUGAGGACUCGCUUAAAAGGUAUGUGCAGUUUGCAAGUGAAAGCUGCAUACAAGAGUUACUGUCUGCUUCAGACUCGAACAGGGACACUAGGGUUGGGACCGGGAAUAAUGCCAAUGAUGGCUGGAAGGUUCUUACUCUCGACAACGAAGUAGAGAUAUCAAAACGCAGGUCUGAAAAAACUGCAUCUUUUCACACCUUCCGUAGCCGCUGGCUGCUCACAUCAGUAUCACCCCAGCAAUUCAUUACUGUUGCCAAUGCCAUCGACGCUGCCAAGCAAUGGGAUCCUGAUCUGGUAGAAGCAAGGUACAUAAAAGAUCUUGAAGAUAACCUCAGCAUCAUCCGCCUCAAGUUUGGAGAUAAUGCUAAGCCUCUAUUUAGAAAUAGAGAAUUCAUAGUCUAUGAGCGACGUGAAACCAUGGAAGAUGGCACCCUGGUGGUAGCAGUUGCUUCACUUCCAAAGGAGAUAGCUGCUGGAUUGCAACCAAAGCAAAAUAAUGCAAUCAGGGGACUGCUGUUGCAAUCAGGAUGGGUAGUGGAGAAGCUUGAAGGUGACUCUUGUAUGGUCACCUAUGUUGUUCAGUUAGAUCCUGCUGGAUGGAUGCCCAGGUGCUUUGUCAAUCGACUUAACAACAGACUGGUUAUGAUCAUUGAAAAUCUAAAGAAACUGGCACAAGCUUGUCCAAUUGAUGGGGAUGGGGGGGAAACAUGAUUGAUUAUAUUGUACAAACUGGAGAAAAGAAAAGGGGCUCAAUUCUAAUUGUGAUAAAUACCAAUUGUAAUAAAACUUCAUUUGGAGGGGAAAAGGGAAGAUAGAAAAGCAUAUGCUACGACCAUUCGUUUA